AUGCUUCCCAGACGCUGCGCAGACGGCACAUCUGCCGCGACAUCCUUUAUUCAGCUUGCCAAACGGCGAUAUUCAGUGGUUGCCUCGCACACACAACAAACACCUCUCGAAUUCCUCAUACCACACAGAGCGUCUCAUUUUCCACGACUCCAAAACGCUGGCGCUUCUCCUCGGUUUGGACAGCGCCUAUCAAUAACACGAGUUUCGAUACCAUCCGCCCUACCUAUAAGUGUGAAGCCGUCUAGCCGAUCAUUUACAGUCUCCGCCACCCGACUCGCCACAAUAUGCGUUCGAAAUCCAGUCAAGGACGAAGAGGGCAAAGAAAUGAAGUUGGAAAUCACUCCGCGGGCGGCUCAGCGACUGUCAGAGAUUAUGGCGAAGGACAAGAAUCCUAAUCUGGCUUUGCGAAUUCGAGUUGAGAGCGGAGGCUGCCACGGUUUCCAGUAUCUCAUGAGCCUUAUCACCAUGCCUACAGGCGAAGAGCGCGACGCAUCGACAUCGACCAUUAUCGGCGAGGAUGACAGCAUCUUCCAAUACGUUCCCGACGAGUCUAAUCCUGCUGCUCCGCCACCGAACAGCCCGAAGAUCAUACUCGACGAGCCCUCACUGGAGCUGUUAACAGGCAGCAAGGUGGAUUUUACACAAGAGUUGAUUGGGUCACAGUUCAAAAUCGUUGACAACCCAUAUGCUUCGAGCAGCUGUGGGUGCGGGACAAGUUUCGAUAUCAAGGCGUAGACCUCUU